AUGGAAUUCCACGCCGAAGUCAUUUGCGAAUUGUUCGUCUUCGCCGACUUCAUUGGCUGCCUUGCUCUGCAGCGCGCCAUUCUUACCUGCUUGCCACAAAUAUCGAAAGGCCUUCAUGGAGGCAUCUACAUCAUCGACUAUCAAACCCUCUCGGACUGCAAAAUCGUGGACGAGCACCGAACUUCUGCUUUCUACAGAUACAUCCUGGACACCUAUGUCUUUCACUGGGACCACGAGAUGGACGACGACCUCGAGGAUCCUACCCUGCUUCAUUCAGCGUUCUUGCACGACAGAUUGAAGUCAAUGUCAAAGCAUCGCCAGAUGAUCGGCAGGGGUGUCGGAGUUGGAGAUUGUCCCUGCUGCAGCAAUGUCUGCAAAUACCAUUCGCAUCCGAACGACGAAGAGCGCUUGGCUACAUGCGGGUCGAAGGCAGAAGAUCUAGCUCUCAAGUUCUGGGAAAAGGACGCCGAUGAUGUCUGUGAUCAGGACGAGCAAAUCAACGGCGCCCAGGACAUCGCCCAUGAGGAACAAGCCUUGGAUGUUGAGAUGGAGGGAGGCAUUACUGGAGCUAGCAACCAAGACACUGAGAGCAAAGAGGUUGAGAUCCAGGGCGGCGAGGAGAAGAGCGACAGCAACCUUGACCAAGAGAUGGAUCUCGCUGGCAGCAAGCGCAAGGCCCUCGAUGAGGACGAGGAUGGCUCGGCAAAGAAGUUGAAGCAGGAAAGCGGAAUUUGA